AUGGCCUCCAGUGCAGAUUGGGUCGAUCUUUGGGAACGGGACGACGAAAAGUCAUUGGCGCCCUUGUCUUCCGCACAGCUCGAGUUUAUUGAUUCGCUAACUUCACUUUGCAAGGAUACUCCUGUCAACAAGGAAACUGAAGAUGCAGAAGAAGGCAACAGGCCGAGUUACAGCAAUCUUUUACAGUUUCACAACUGGUACACUAAGCUUGACAAUGAAAUGCAAUGUAAAAAUGAUGCCAGAUUUCAAAAUAUACUAGAGUACCAUGCAAAGUGCCAGCAACUAUCUAGUAUCCUCAAUCAAGUUCUGACUCAUUUAAAGAAGCUCGACGAAGAAUAUAGUGCUGCCCUAAGCAAAACGAGAUCAUUCUACAAAUCCUGCGAUUUGCUCAUACAGCAACAGCACGGGCUAAUCGUCGCUAUUGAAGCCAUCAACGAAAAACUAUCAUUCUUUGAAGAGCUUGAAACCAUGUCUAAGAAAUUUUCUUCUCCAACGAUGCUAACUCUAAACGAGUCUCUAGUGCCACUUUUAAAUCGCCUUGACGAGUGCAUUAACUUCAUGAGUCAAAACGAAUCCAACUACCUCGAAGCUUCCACCUACCUGAACGACUACCGGCGCUUUCAAACUUCGGCACUGCACACCAUUCGGACUCACGUGAUCAAUACCCUGAAGCAAACUGCCACACAGGUGAUGCCGGAAAAUGACAACGUUCUCACGCCCAACGAGUCCGUCUUUACGCUGUACUACGGCAAAUUUCAAACCAACGCCCACCGCAUCAAGACGCUAAUGCAGCAGAUUGAACACCGCACAAACCAGUCGGAGCUGUACUCGCAGUACCUGGACGACUGUCACCAGUGUUACUUUGAAAUUAGGGAGUCUCUCAUUGGCUCGGUGCUGGCCUUGGCAAUGGAGGAGAUGAUCAACUCCUCGGGACGUAAUUUCUGCUCUCUCGUGCGCUCUUCAGCCAAUCUCUACAUUCACAUUUGCCGCGACGAGUAUCAGCUGUACUUUCAGUUUUUCAGCCAAAUGAACGCCUCUCUGAGCAACUUCCUUGAUCGACUGUGCAUGUCACUGUACGACAAACUUCGGCCGAUUGUCAUUCACCUGGAGCACCUUGAAUCACUGUCGGAGAUUUGUGCCCUUAUCAAGAGUGAGUUUAUUGAAGAGAACAUUCACCAGGAUGAAUUGGAAUCGUUUGUCAAGACGAUGGAGAAUCUUCUGCAGGACACGCAGGAACGUCUAGUCUAUCGUUGCAAUAUUUACAUUCAGACAAACAUUCUAAACUACACGCCGGCCAGUGGAGACCUUGCAUACCCUCAGAAGUUGGAAAUGAUGAAGUCAAUUUCAGAGAACUUGGUGGCAGAUGAUGAGCACCGACCGAUGCGAACUCGUUCCGAUUCGGGAACGCCGCAAAUAACUGAAAAGACAAUCGAUUCACAGAAAGCCGUGGACAAUAAGAUAAAGGAAAAGUGCGAAGAGUUUAUCUCCUUCACCUACGAUUACCUGGCAAAGGAUCUCAACAGUUUCAUCUUGGCGACUAAUUUUCCUGCCGUAACUGCAACUGCAGCAAUGGUUUCAGAAGGCGGCGGUGUCAGUGGUGAUUCGACUGAAGAAAAAGCCGCAGAGUCUUCCGUAUCACCGGUGAAACUGUGCAAGUUGAGGUUAAAAGAGUUAGUGCAAACUUAUCAAAGCAAAAAGACGUCUAUUGAGAAAAGCAUGUCGCUCUACCUGGCCAACUCUGAAACUGAAGCGAUCAUUUUCAAGCAAGUCAAAACGAAAAUUCAACUUCUUUAUGAGCAGUUAGUGAAGAUUCUUUUGACUAAGUUUCCCAGUGAUAGUGACAAAGCUGAACUGGAGAUUCCACCGCUAAAAGCCUUCAUUUGA